UAAAGGCAGCCGGGUGGCGGCGGUGGCGCAGAGCUGCUCCCCGCGCCCCUCAAGUCCCCACUGCGGCGGCCACCGACCCCGCCCGCCGCGCAGCGACGGCCUCCCGGGCUCCAGGCCGAGCAGAGUGGCACCGUGCUCCCGCCGAGCACUGCGGAGAGGAUGGCUCCGGGCGUCCUGGGCGCUGCCCGGGUGGUGAUGGCCCUGGUCGCGGCGGCCCUGUGCGGCCACCCGCCGGUCUGCGUGCAGGCCACCUUGAACUCGGUUCUCGUCAAUUCCAACGCCAUCAAGAACCUGCCCCCGCCGCUGGGCGGCGCUGCGGGACACCCCGGCUCGGCGGUCAGCGCCGCUCCUGGGAUUCUGCACGAGGGCGGGAACAAGUACCAGCCCGUGGACCACUACCAGCCCUACCCGUGCACCGAAGACGAGGAGUGUGGCGUGGAUGAGUUCUGCGGAAUUCCGACCCGGGGCGUGGGCUCGGGGGCGCAAAUCUGUCUCGCCUGCAGGAAGCGCCGGAAACGCUGCAUGCGGCACGCUAUGUGCUGCCCGGGGAACUACUGCAAGAACGGAAUAUGCAUGCCUUCUGAUAGCACUCAUUUAAAUCGAGGAGAAAUUGAGGAAACCAUUAUUGAAAGUGUCGGUAAUGAUCAUAGCACCUUGGAUGGGUAUUCCAGAAGAACUACAUUGUCUUCGAAAAUGUAUCAUACCAAAGGGCAAGAAGGUUCUGUCUGUCUCCGAUCAUCAGACUGUGCCAUGGGGCUGUGUUGUGCCAGACACUUCUGGUCCAAGAUCUGUAAACCUGUUCUCAAAGAAGGCCAAGUCUGCACGAAACACAGGAGGAAAGGCUCUCACGGACUAGAAAUCUUCCAACGCUGUUACUGCGGAGAAGGUCUGUCUUGUCGGAUACAGAAAGAUCAUCAAACCAGCAACUCUUCGAGGCUUCAUACCUGCCAGAGACACUAAGCCAAUGUUGGGAAUACAGUGGACUCAUUUUAUAUAAUAUAUGCUACAAAACCCCUCUGAUUUCUGUUCAGCUCAAUCUUUAAGAAUGUAUAAAUUCUGUGGUUACAAUUAAGCAUUCCAAUAAUACCUUCUGGAAAUCUGGAGUGUAAGAGCUUCGUUUCUUUGUGGAACUCCCCUGUCAUUGAUUGCAGUAAAUUACUGUGUUGUAAAUUCUUAGUGUGGCACUUACCUGUAAAUGCAACAAAACUUUUAUUUUUCUAAAGGUGCUGCAUUGCCUGUUCCUCUUGUGAUGUAAAUUUUUGUACACACUGAUUGUAAUCUUGAUUCUGAUAAAUAUUCUAUAUUGAAUUGAAGUAAAUAAUUUCAGCUUAUGUUUCCUAAAUCCCUAACCCUUCUCCCUUUUAAAGAAUUUAGAAUGCAAAGAGCUUCUGGAAUGACAAAUGAUAGUUACCUAAAAUUUAUCAAGAAAAUACUAAUUUUCUAAAAUGAGCUAUCUCAGUGCUUAGAUUAUAUUUAUCUCUAGACCGUGAUAAUCCUUGAAAUAAAGUUUAACACUUAACAUCGUGAAAUGUUUUAAGUAUAGAUAAGUCUUGGCAUUUUGAUCUUAAGGUGUAUGUUCUACAGGGACAGAAUAUAUGUUUAAAGAUGAUCAGAGAAAAAUAUUGUCUAAAUGUAAAGUGAUAUUGAUUAAUUUUAGAGGAAUUUUAAAUAAAAAUGUGUUUUUUGUUG